AUGGUGCGACUUAAGACUCGGUACUUGGUCGUGGAAGUCACUGGUGCCCGUAAAUUGACUGUAAAAAAGGAUGAUAUUGUAGUUUUAAUUCGUGAGUCUAUUAUCAAGAGCUAUGGCGAUUAUGGCUCGGGAUUGGCCCAAUAUGCUUUUCAAGUGCUCUAUUACAAUACACACACGAAAUUAGGCGUCAUUCGAUGCGCACGUGAAAUGUGUAAAAUGGUCGAAACGUCGCUGGUUUUUGUGACAAAUGCACACAACCAAGACAUUAGUAUCCGAGUGGUUCGAGUUUGCGGCUCCAGCCACGGGUGCAGAGAUCACGUAUUGAAGUUCUCAAUGGAACGUGCAAAGACUAUGAAUCUGUAUACAUUGCAGCCAAAUUUUGAUGAAGAAAUACAAGCUGAGAUUGCACUUGUUGACCCGAAGUAA